AUGCUUGAGAAGAUCGCAGAACACGCGCCCGUCUACAAGAAGCCUCUUCCAUUUCCUAUUGUGCAGGAAACCGCAGGACAUGUCGGCUACACCAUCCUCUGGGUGGUCUUCGCCCUCAUGCUCCUCUCCUCCAUCAGCUACAUUGUCAUGGCAUUUAGGCUCAAGAAGGAAAUGCGUCUCUUCCACUACAUCACAACCAUGAUUACCCUCACUGCUGCCUUGUCCUACUAUGCCAUGGCAACGCACGGCGGCACCACCUACGCUCGCGUCGGUAAGGACCACUUCCGUCAGAUCUUUUACGCACGUUACGUGGAUUGGUCAAUAACCACCCCUCUCCUGCUCCUCGACCUUGCCUUCUUGGCCGGCACAUCGGGUAUUGACAUUGUCGCCCUCAUCUUUGCCGAUCUCGGUAUGAUUCUCACUGGUCUUUUUGCGUCUCUCGAGUCGCACAAGGUCUACCGAUUCGGAUGGUGGGCUAUGGGCUGUGUCUUCUACCUCUACAUCGUUUACGCUUUGGUCUUCAUCGGCCGCACCACCGCCUCUGCCCGCGGCAACAAGGUCUCGCAGCUCUUUGACCAAGUCGCCUUCCUCACUCUCCUCCUGUGGACUGCUUACCCAGUUGUGUGGGCUGUUUCGGAGGGACUUGGCCUUGUCAACGUCGACACCGAGAUUGGCAUUUACGCCGUGCUCGACGUCACUGCGAAGGCAGUCUUUGGCUUCUGGCUCCUCGGCGGACACGCAAAGACACCCGAGUCGGCUGUUCCUCUUGAGGGCUUCUGGAUCAACGGCGUCUCGCUCGGUGGCCAGAAUGACCUUGCCUAG